AUGGGACGUUUGAUUUAUCUUGUUCACACUAGGCCAGAGUUGAGUUAUUCUGUGCAUAUCUUGUCGCAGUUCAUGAAGAAGCCUCGGGAGGAUCAUUGGCAGGCUGCUCUUCGUGUAGUACGGUUUCUUAAAGGGUCACUUGGUCAGGGCAUCAUGCUUAGUUCUUCUGCUGACUUGUCUUUGACAGUAUUCUGCGACUCGGACUGGUCGUCGUGUCCUCUUACCAGACGUUCUCUUAGUGCUUUUGUGGUCAUGCUUGGUGAUUCUCCGAUCUCGUGGAAGACCAAAAAGCAGAAAACAGUAUCUCACUCUUCCGCCGAAGCCGAAUACCGCUCCAUGGCAGCUGCAUUGCGUGAAGUCAAGUGGUUAAGAAAGAUGUUGAGGGGUUGGAUGUCGAGCAGCAGUCUACACGUUUCUACUGCGACAGUAAGGCUGCCAUACACAUAG